AGGAGGAGGACCAAGAGGAGGAGGAGGAGGCAGCAGGAGAUAUGAGGGCGGUGUGGUUGCGAGGACCGUCGCAACUGCCGUAGCGGCCGAUACCUCUUGCGAGACGCCCGAUGAUUCGACCGGUACCGGACAGGUAUUGGAUGCGCGUGCAGGCGGGUGCCCACAAAAGGAAGCCCAACGGCAUCCUGGGAACCCUAUGCAGGGAGCUCUUCCUUGGGCUGGUGAUGCAUGCCAGGAUCCUGGAGCCGGCAUACACGUGGGACCACUACAUCGCCGUCCCAGAUGCAGAAGAUCGGGAAGGGAGGUCCUUCGGCAACAAGGCGAGACGGGUGGUGGGAGAAUUCUGGGAUUUCUACAGGUGCGAGCCAGGAUAUGAGGCCAUAGCGGUGCCUCCGAACUGGUGCGCCGGCAAGGGCGCGUGCUGGGAAAUGAUGGUGGACAGGUGGCUUAGCGAGGAGUGGAUUCAGCGGCACAACUUAUGCCGGGAGCGCCGCUUGUUGAUGCAAGGUGCGCCACACCAUCAAGGCAGCCGAGGCCUUCCUGAGUACAGGGAUGUUUGGUCGGAGUCACAUGAAGACCAGGAAUGCAACGACUUCCAGGCAUACUGUAUGGCGCACAAGGGCAGGGCGACGUCCGACGUCUCCUACAACCCGGCGGAUCCACCUGAGGCGUACAACAACCCGAGCGUCCACACGUGCAUCACUUAG